CUUCGGAUAGAAAACCAGAAAAAAACUGAGCCACAAUGAUGAUGGUGAUGAUCCUAACCGUUGGCGAGGAAUGAGAGACCUUGUCAUCGUCUUUGGCUCCUCCUCCGCCAUUACCAAUCCUCACCACCACCACCGUCGCUGUUACGCCACCGCACCAGAAUCGAACCGUAAAACUAAACCGAGUCCUUCUCUCACCAAGCUACUUCCCUCACUACCGCAGCAACACUCAGCUUCUUCUCCUGCUCCAGUUUCCGCGACUCAUUCUCUCUCUAGCCACUUCUCUAACGUCGUUAGAUGGAUUCCUGAUGGCUCGUUGGAGUAUUACGCUGAUUUCGCCUCGAAGCUCGCUGAGGACGGCCGAAUUGAGGACGUCGCUCUCAUCGCCGAGACUUUGGCUUCAGAGUCCGGAGCUAAUGUGGCGCGUUUUGCUUCCAUGGUUGAUUUUGAUCUCUUAUCGAAAGCGAUUUCUUCGAAUCUUCGACAAGGUAAGAUUGAGAGCGUGGUUUAUACUUUGAAGAGGAUUGAGAAGGUAGGGAUUGCUCCAUUGGACCUUGUCGAUGAUUCGUCUGUGAAAUUAAUGAGGAAACAGUUUCGUGCAAUGGCUAACUCUGUGCAAGUAGAGAAAGCUAUUGAUCUACUGGAGAUACUCGCCGGUCUCAGAUUCAAAAUCAAAGAGCUGGUGGAUCCUUUUGAUGUUGUAAAGAGUUGUGUUGACAUUUCCAAUCCUCAGUUAGCUAUUAGAUACGCAUGUCUUUUGCCACAUACGGAGAUAUUGCUUUGUAGAAUUAUUCAUGGUUUCGGAAAGAAAGGAGAUAUGGUAUCUGUUAUGACAGCAUAUGAAGCCUGCAAACAGAUUCUAGAUACUCCUAACAUGUAUAUAUUCCGAACGAUGAUAGAUGUUUGUGGGCUGUGUGGUGAUUACGUUAAAUCGAGGUACAUAUAUGAGGAUCUUCUCAAAGAAAACAUUAAGCCAAAUAUUUAUGUUAUGAACAGCCUAAUGAAUGUUAAUUCCCAUGAUCUUGGGUACACACUAAAAGUAUACAAGAAUAUGCAGAUAUAGGAAUAGGUAUUGACUGACCUUCAAAUCUACAUGUCAUGGGCAGAAACUUGAUGUUACAGCUGACAUGACAUCCUACAACAUACUA